CACGUUGGCCCGAAGGUUGCAGCAACCCGAUGAUAGGUGGCAACUUCGCAUGAAGUUCCUCCAGCAGGCCCAGAGCUACGUCGGUACACCGUAUGCCAAGAAAUACCAUCAGCCUGGAAGUCCUGAAUACGAGUCUCCCCUUUUCCUGGAUUGUUGUGGGUUCGUCCGGAAAGCAGUGCGAGACUUGGCAGACGAUUUUGGCUUCUACAUGGGCUCGGGCAACCAAGCCUAUCAGUAUGACACCCUUCCUGUGACCCUGCCCAGUGAGGAUCAUUUGCAGCCCGGCGAUCUCAUCUUCAUCUCGGGAGUUUACUUCGAUCCACAACGUAAGAGGCAACCCCACGACAUCGUCCACGUGGAAAUCUGGCUGGGGGAAGGAGAACGCAGUCUGGGGGCCAGGAGGAAGCGCGGCCGAGCCCAGGUCUUCGAAUCCUACAGGUUCGUCUCCAGCUCCUAUGGAGACAUGAAAUACCACUUCAAGUCCAUUGAGACGUGGCUGCAGGGCGUCUGUGUCAGCCAUUGUCCAGAACACAAAUGGGCUUCAGCAAGGGAUGAGGUGAAGAAAAAAUCCAUUUUCUACCCACCGAGUGAGCAAGAUGAACCCGCAGAAGAGGACGCCGGACCUUCCCAAAGCCAGCCUCCCUCACCACCCGCGAAUGAAGGCAUCCCGGUCAGGACGGCAUCCAUUGCAGGAUCUCUCGGCACCUGUGGACCAAGUGGUAGCGAGCAGGUGGGAGCCCUGGAUCUUCAGGUGUGCUCGGAGCUCCCUAACAUAACCCCGGAGAAAACGAAUGAAGGCGUAGAGUCCGGCCAAAGUCGGGAGGAAGCCCCAGGCUCCCAGGAAGCAGGCGGUGAGGCUGUGGCAGGAGGAGAACUGGCCUGGAGAGAAGGGGUCAGCGACUUGGCCCAGACUUCCAGUUGCAAGGUAAACUCCAGCGGGGUCUUAACGGGCCACGUCGGAAAAUGGAAAAAGAACCCGAAGUCCAAAACUCGAGACGUUCUGUGCCCUGAUGGACCUCCUCCACCUCCACCACUAGCCUCAGAUCACAAGGCCGUAGAAAACAGGAGACAGAAAUACAGAGCUCUUUUUCCAAGCCAGGCCCUGAAGCAGUGGAAGUCAUACAAGCAAAGCGGGGUUCCCAGAGUCGCCGAAGGGAGGUUCACAUAUGAAUUCAGAUCAAAGAAGCCCAGAGCCUUCCUGAACGCAGCGCUCCGAAUGAGUCACCUGGAAGAGAGAAGAAAUGAAGAAGGCCCAGGAUCGGGGCCGUUCUUUUACAUCGGCGGGGCGAAUGGGGUUGAUAUCCUGAGUAAUUACUGCAAAAGUAAAGGGUGGCAAAGGAUUCAUGACAAUCGAAGGGAAGACUACGUCUUGAAAUGGUGCGAGACCAAGUUUCGGGACACCUAUUGCAACUUCCGAGAAGGAGAGCAGCUUCUCUACCAGAUCCCAAACAACAAGAUCCUCACCACAAAGAUCAGCCUGUUGAUGAACCUCCGGGAAUAUGAACGGGUGAUGAAGAAGGUCGGCCAGACAGCCAAAUUGUUAAAAAUGGAAGAUUUUUUCCCAGAGACUUUUCGCCUGGACACCAAAGACGAGAGAGAAAUCUUCUUUGAAAUAUAUAAAGAGCCUCACAUUUGGAUCUGCAAGCCCACCAGCUCCAACCAAGGCCGAGGCAUCUUCCUCCUGAAAAGCCAAGCCGAGGUCCGAACCUUGCAAGCCAAACUCCAAAGCAUGGAGGACGAGCCAACGUAUAGGAAGCUCCCUUACAAACUGCCUCAGGCACGAAUCGUCCAAAGGUACAUCGACCGUCCGCUGCUGCUGGAGGGGAAAAAAUUUGACGUCCGCUCUUACCUGUUGAUUGCCUGCACCGUGCCGUACAUGGUCUUUUUCGGCCACGGUUACGUCCGCCUCACCUGCCUCAACUACGACCCCAAAUCCAAUGAUCUCACUUCUCACCUGACCAACCAGUACGUGCAAAAGAAGAGCCCCAUCUACUCCCACGUCAAGGAGGAGACGGUAUGGCUGAUGGAGCGCUUCAACAACUACGUCAACGAGAAGUUCAGACAAGCCAAGGGGCUCCCCAGAGAUUGGGUCUUCAACAGCUUUACCAAGAGAAUGAAAGAAAUCAUGUUACAGUGUUUUCUCUCCGUCAAAUCCAAGCUGGAGUGCAAACUGGGUUUCUUUGAUCUCAUCGGCUGCGACUUCCUAAUCGAUGAAGAUUUUAAGGUGUGGCUCUUGGAAAUGAACGCCAACCCUGCAUUGCACAGCAACUGCACGGCGUUGAGGACCGUGAUUCCCAUGGUGGUGAACGAGACGCUGGAUCUGACCCUCGAGAUCUUCACCAAGGCUCAGAAAAACCAGAGCAUCCUCCCUCUGGAGUCCCUCUGCCAUUUUGGCCUCCUCUACAACGGGACGGCGUCCAACAACGGGCUCCCCCAGCCGGCCAAAAGCAAGACGUCCCUCUGUUCUCUCAAGAUCCCCCGGGCCAGCCUGGAGAAAGCCGCCAGGAGCAGCAGCCCCAUGCUGCCCAGCCCUCUGCUGGACAAACCCAAAAUCCCCGAGAAGCUGCCGAAGGCGGACAGCAAGGGAGACAGCAGGGGGGAGCCCUCUGGCGCUCCUGAAGGGCUGGCUGUGCCCCCCAGCAAAGGCGCCCGGCGAGAUCCCCUCCCCAUGCCUCAGAUCCAGAUUUCCAUCGUCCCCAGCCUGACCUGCUGCCCUUCCGUCAAAGCCAUCCUCCGGGGACAUCAAGUCUGCACCAGCGGCAACCAGUACAUCAUCAAGCCCGUUCCGGCCGCCCCGGAUAAAGCCGAGGGCGCCGAGGAGCAGGGCAAGGCCCUCAACCUCUCCCGCGGGAAAUCCAAAGACAAGUCCUACACCACCUGGUUCCAGCAAACCUUUGGGGCCAAGCUGCCUCCGGCCAGCGGCCCCAGCGAUGGCGAGAACCCUUUGACCAGCUCCCAGAUGCUCUCUCUCCAUCUUCAGUCCAACUUGCCGCCCAAUGGCCUGCUCCUCCCAGACUUCCCCAAGUCCUUCUCCCCACUCGUGGUGAGCGUCAAGAGGCCGGCCGCGGCCGAGAGCAAGACCAGGGUCCUAGCCAGCAGCCACAGUUGCCGGGAAUCGCUCGCGGAGGAGAAAAAAACCUCCCACCGGGGCUCUUGAAACGCCGGACGCUGGUGUGUUUCCCCAAAGUCCUCGUUCUCUUUUUCUUAUAAAGAACAAAAUCGGGAAGAAAAAGAAGACCAGAGAAAUACCUUUCUUUCUGAUGCGUUCCAGCAUUUAUCUUGGCAAGGGCUGGUGGGUGGGCACGGUGUCUUUUAUUUUUAUUUAUUUUAUUUUUUUAAAUCUCUCCGGGCCUUUUAAAACAUUUCUCAGAAAAACCACAGGGAGAAAUACUGUAUUUGCUAAAAGCCAAUAGCUAUUUUUUUUUUUUAAUCUGUUGAGCCUCGGAGAGGUUUCUGGGUUCCGCUUUUCUACCCCUCCCCCCUUAGCCUUAUUGUUUUUUCCACACACCCCUCCCCCGCAAGACUUACGACCACACAAAUGGGCUCGAUUAACAAUUCCCAUCCUCCCAAGGUAGACCAAAAAUAAUGGGUGGCUUCAAAGAUUUGAUUGUGGACGAUGAUCUCUCCCAUCCAACUCUCCAGUUCUGGAUUUGAGACAUUCCAAAGAUACCAGAUUGAGGUCUUUUGGUAGGUGAUGAUGCAUUAUGGGGAAAUCACGUCACAUACCGAAGACCAUUAUGGAUGAAUAAUAUACAGCCCAUAAUAAUAAUAAUAAUAAUAGACUGUAUCCUAAACUGGAGUCAAAAUGCCCAGAAUCCAGUUUAUUUCAGUAGGCCUUUUUGCAAUGGCUACAACCAUCUGCUUCAUUAAGUGGGUUGAAAGACCAGCCUGUGGGAUGACCCACCAACAGAACAAACUCUGUCUUCUAAUUCUUGGCUGUUUUCUUCCUGUGCCACCUAGAAGUUGGCUUCUCUUUUUCUGCCUCAUUCUCAGCUCCCACACCACCACCAAAAAAGGUCUUGCAGGCCAGCUUCCAAAAGGCUACAGCCUGCCCUGCAGUGUUGGACAGAGGUUGGGCGCCCUUCUCAGUGCUUUAUCCAGGGUAUCAGUAUGCUCCCAGCAUGCUCCCUAUGUGCUAGGUACUAUUCCGGGAUGCCCAGGCAGACGUAAGUUGAGAGACUCACGGCAGUUCACACAACUCCUUCCCAAUCCUUGCAGGAUCAUGAUUCGUGGCACCGUCUUCCUGGCCUCUCCACCUUUUCCCACCCCUGUGUGGGAUCUGAUUUUGCAAAUCCAGCCACAGGUUCCAGUUUGCAAAGAGUUGCAUGAAGGCAACCAAGAUUCCCAACUCCCGCGUGGGAAAAUGAGCUUUUCCGUGAGAUUUCGCCUCCCACUAAAGAAUGUAUGUGGUUAUUCUAGCUCACAACAAUCACCUUUAGAAUUCUCUCUAUACAUCGUCCAUGAGUAUCUUUGGUGAGGGACGAAGUAAGCAGCUACCGUCAUCAAGAGGUUAAAAACCUUUAAACUGCCUUCCUCCUUCCUCCUUGUGAGUCCAUCUCUCCUAAAUUUUAUUACACCCAUGACAAUAUCCCAUUGGGAGCAGUGAUUUUAAUAAACACCCAAAACACCAAGGGACUCCUUGCAAUGCUAAAUCCUGAAGGAUUUGGGAUUGAUGCAAAUUAGGCUCCUUAUUCCUAGAAGGCCGCCCUUCUCCUGCAAAAGCUAAGACAUUCAGAAAAGGAACAAUUUGCCUCUACAAAUCUCCCUGUUUCUAGCUUCACCACCCCAAAGGAGAGCAAAGCAAGACUUCAGGAAUCAAAGUCUGUCUGGUUUUGUAAAGGAGGCACACACACACAAAAAAUCAAAGCUCCACAUUCCUUUUUAAAAAAAUCUUACUGUUUAUUUGACAAGGAGGCUCUUCCUUCGUCUCAAGGGUAGCUCUGCAAAGCUUCAGAAACUAGCAUUUCCUUUGGGGCAGGGCGACCACGUUUGAAAGCAAAAAAAAAAACAGGCCAACAUGGAAGGGGUGUGUGUGUGUGUGUGUGUGUGUGUGUGUGUGUGAAAACGCAACCCAUUUCAAGAAAUGUGUUGGAGCAAAACAAAAAAAAGCGUUUAGGAAAGCUGGUUGAUUCAUCUUUCAGGGACUUCCAAGCUGACUUGUUUAACUUUGUUAGAAAUAAAACUGGGACGUGAAAUAUUCGUGCUAUUGAAAAUUGCACAGGGAGAAGGUUUUGUGGGAAUAUAUUAUCUGGUAAAACGGUGAGACAAUCCAGGUUGGGGGAAAAAAAAAAAAGAAUAAAAUCCAGACACCAUUUUAAUUUAGCCUUCAACACAUCAGUUUCUUCUUGAGAUCUACCCUAUUCUGUGACUCCAACUCUGGCCUCAAGUCAGGAGAUCGAUAUUUUGUUUUGUUUAUUCACAUCCUAAAUUAGCAGAUCUACUCUGAAACAGAAACAUUCAAUGUUCUCGUCUCUGAAAACAAGGACAGGUAUGGGGCUCACUUGUGACUCGGGCGUAUAAUUUUCUCUACGGGGCCAAAAUGUCCACAGAGACCUUCUCCAACUUUACAACUGAUAAUGGAGUCAACCUGGAGCAAAGCUUCUUAAAAGCCAACCGUUCAUUUUCAUCCAUCACCUGAAUCUGGAGAAGAGAUUUAUGUCCCAGAGAGGUAAGCUGUGAUACUUGGCCGCCCGCGCUCAUUUGCCAACUAGCCUGAGCUUUCAGUGGACCACUGAUGCCCAAUGAGAAGUUCUCUCGCAGUACCUUCUCCCCACGUUUUUCCUCUGGGAACUGGCAGCUGAAGGUAUCUUCUUGGUCCAGUUGAGUUCUUAGCAGGUCUGGAGGAUAAAUGGCUUUGGAUUCUGUAAGACAGAAACCCAUCAAAAAUGCAUAGAAGGAGAUCGCUGGUGGGAUCUACCUUCUGAAUCCCAGUCAUGAAAAUGCAAGGAGCCACUGGAACACUCAGAGUCAACCUCAAGUUUGCCCAGGACUCCAUAGCUAAUCCAGGAUGUUGAAGCUUCAACUGUAGCAUCUUCAGCAGUUGCCAUUAUAACCACCUCGACCUUAAUGUCUUCCAAAGUUACUGGACUGCAAUUCGCACCAACAUCUGGACUGGGUAGCAUGCAACAUGUGGACAAACCAAAGCCCUUCAGAUGUGGCAGAGCUAAUUCUCUGAAAGGCCAGCCACCGUGUCUGAGGCUAGAAGUUGUGGAACGUCUACCGAAGGGAGGCCCUGCCUCUGUAAGCCAGUUGAGGGAAGAAACGAUGCAAAGCCAGUUAUGGAAGCUCACAACGGAGUAAAUAAGGCUGCAGAAUCUUGGAAACUGGAAAUAGCCUCAGAGAUCAACAUUAAGAACAGCCCCCUCUAGCCAUUUUCUGCUAACUCCUUCAACUUUUGCAGCCAAUUGCAACCAGUUGGAAAUGCAAAUGCCAAGAAGGGACUUUUUCAUCAUCAGAGAAAUAUCCACAUUCUACGCUGGCUCUCUUAAGUUUGCAUCCAGUACUUCUCGUCCUGCUCUCUGCUGCUUUGGAGAAUGAGAC